UAAAAAAAAAAAGAGAGAGAGACAAACAAGAAAAAUAGAAACACCACUCUCUCUCUCUCUGUGUCAUCGUGGUUGUGGAUGUGGAGCUCGCUUCUUCGUCUCCGGUUUGCAUGAGUUUCCACCACCGCCACAAGCGACGGGGACUCCGACGACGAAGGAAACCAUGCCCACCACUACAGCAUCUUCCACCGCAACACCGUCCGUUUCCUCCAAUACCUCCGAUCCCAUCCUCGACCGCCUCGCCUCCACUGAUUGCGAAAUCAAGCUCAAGGCUAUCAGAGAGGUAAAGAACAAGAUCAUCGGCAACCGAACCAAGAAGCUCUCCUACAUCAAGCUCGGUGCAGUUCCCGUUGUCGCUUCUGUUCUUGCCGAAGCUGACGCCAAUUCCGAUUCCGGUGCCAACCUCAUUGUCCAGUCCGCGGCGGUGCUCGGCAGCUUUGCCUGUGGCGUUGAGGCUGGCGUACGUGCUGUCCUUGAUGCCGGCGCUCUACCUCGUUUAUUCAGGCUCCUCUCUGCUACCGACGAGAAGGUUGUAGAUGCUGCUGCACGUUCUCUACGAAUGAUUUAUCAAUCAAAACUAGCGCCAAAAUAUGAUUUUUUUCAAGAGGGAAACAUGGAAUUUCUUCUUUACCUAUUGAAACAUGAGAAUGAAAAUCUCACAGGGCUAGGUGCAACCAUUGUUAUUCAUUCAUGUGAGACAAGUGCAGAGCAAAAUAUGCUGUGCUAUGCUGGUGUCUUGGAGAAAAUCAUUAGCCUCCUUGAUGGUUCUCUAAGUCAGCGAGAUGCUAGUUUGGAGUCCCUAGCUGCAGUUCUUAAAAGCAAUCCAGAAGCUGUCUCUAAAUUUAUGGACCUUCACAGUGGAAGAGCUUUAAGUUCCAUUAUUGAAUUAACUAAGGAUAGAUAUUCUCGGACAAGGUUACUUGCUUGCUCAUGCUUGAUUUGUGUUAAGAAUUCUUCUUUGUGCCAUCUGCAAGACUUAGGAAUUAAGACCAAAUUGGUGCAUAUUUUGCUUGAGCUCCUUGAUGAUCCUGGUCAAGUUGGAGAUGAAGCUUCUUUUGCUUUCUCUAGUUUAAUUGCAGAGAUGGAAGAUUUGCAUAAGCUAGCAUUUGAGGCAAAUGCUAUUGAUAAGUUCUACUGCCACUUGCAAAAAUCUCCUUUAAAUCCCAAACGCCUUGAAGGGAUACUUCUUGCAUUGGCUGAUCUUUGCUCGAAAUUGGAGUGCUGCCGGUCUAGGUUUCUUACACUGCAGAAACUCCAGCCAGCCAUUUCUAUAGUAUUGAGCUUAGUUGUGGAUGCCCUAGUUAAUGAUAAUGUCAAUGUACGUGAAGCAGCUUGCAUUUGCUUAAGAAACAGCUCUCGCUCAAUCAAGAAUUUGAGUGCAGGGCAUUUUAUGAAUGAAAUCAUUGUGAUUCCUUUGGUUCAGCUACUAUCUGAUUUGUCUACUUCUGUCCAGAUAGCAGCCCUUGGUGCUAUCAGCAACAUAGUGGCCGGCAUUACACCUGGCAAGUCAGUAUUCAUACAAUGUGGAGGCAUUAAAGAGCUUGUCCAAUUGACAAAGUCUAUGGAUUCAUCAUUAAGGUUGAAUGCUGUAUGGGCCUUGAGGAACAUGGUAUUUCAUGCAGAGAAGACAUGUAAAGAAGCAGUCUUUAUGGAGUUGACUGCAUCUUCGAUAGCUAACCUUAUCCAUGAUCCUGAGUCUUCUGUUCAAGAACAAGCUCUAGCCCUUGUUCGCAACUUUCUUGAUGGGCUCAUAGACUUUGUUGAUUAUGCUUUCGCUGAAGAUGGUAUCAUAUUUGAUGCCAUUGGAAGGCGACUGCGAGAAUCUUCAAAAGCUGAAAUUGGGAUACAGGGGGUGUAUGCACUCUGCAACAUUGCAAGUGGAAAUGAGUUUCACAAGGAAGCUGUUAUGCAACAACUAUUUCCUGAGGCAGAGGACGGAUCGAACUCAUUCCUCAACCAGUGUUUGCAAAGUAAUGACAGUCGCUUAUGCACAGCAGCUGUUUGGGUCAUAAUAAAUCUCACUAAUCCAGCAAGUCCUGGUGCAUUGGGCCGUGUUGUAAAACUGCGUAAUUUUGGCAUAGUUUCUCGAAUAAAGAAGAUGGUCAAUGAUCCAUGCAUGGAUGUGAAGCUUCGUGCAAGAAUUGCACUUGGGCAGAUUCUACCUUUUGGUGAAAGCUGAAUGUAUUCAAGUAUCCUUUCCAAGCCCUUAAAGUGCGGGCAAAGAAGAGAAAUAGUGAUAGGAAUUUUAUUUUCCCCCCUUGUGUUCAGACCUUCAGACCUUCUAUGAAAGGUGAUUGCUUUGUCUACUUUUUUUAGCCAGUCAGAGCAGUGCGAGAGCUUUUCAAUUUUGUAAGCAUUCCUCACCAGGUUACCCUGAAAAUAUCGUUUCUUUAUUCCAUGCCUUUUGCAUUACUUUUUGUGAGUCAGAUUAUCAAAAUAGGAUUAUUGGCUUUAGUGUUGUACCAUAUUAGUGGUAUAUGUCAAAUUUAGAACUUUCUAUAUUUCUGAUAAAUAGUGGAAUUCUGAUUAAGCAAUGUCAAAGAAUAGUCAUUGAGGGUGUUUCUACCUUUCCGAUA